CGCGCUCUCGGCAGAGCUAAAGAAGACGGUGGCCAUUCUAGUUGAGGGCAGUUUUGCUUCAAACCCGUUGACAGAAAGGAAAAGGCAGCAACUCUUUUCUUUUCUAAGGGCAAAGGUGCGAAAGGGAGCUGCCCCCAUGUGAUCACUCCCUGAAACAUACUUCUCUGUAAGAAGAGGAGUCAGCGCUUUGCAGCCAUUAUUCGCUUCUUCCAUAUUCAUCCUUUGAGAGUUUCAGUUCUGGGUUGGUGAUAGUGUGAAGGGAAGUCGUGGAAAGCAACCACCCGAAAGGAUCCAGUUCAACAUGAAUCCUGUAAUUGUGGUUCACGGUGGAGCUGGUCGCAUCUUUAAAGAGCGGGAAGAUGGAAGUCGUUCUGGUGUCACCGGAGCAGCACUGAAAGGUUACAGUAUCCUGAAAUGUGGAGGGAGUGCAUUAGAUGCAGUUGAAGCAGCUGUGGUAGUAAUGGAAGAUGAUCCACAUUUUAAUGCAGGUUGUGGCUCUGUGUUAAAUGAGAAGGGUGAAGUGGAAAUGGAUGCCAUUAUCAUGGAUGGAAAAAAUCUAGCCUCAGGAGCAGUAUCUGCAGUGAAAUGUAUAGCUAACCCAAUAAAACUUGCUCGCCUUGUCAUGGAAAAGACAGAUCAUAUGUUGCUGACAGACCAGGGAGCGUCUACCUUUGCUAGGACCAUGGGAGUUCCUGAGGUUCCUGGAGAGAAACUGAUCACAGAAAGGUCACUGGAAAGAUGGAAGAAAAACCUUGAAGCUGAUUCGAACCCUCAAGAGUUUCAAAAAGACCUUGGAACAGUUGGAGCCGUUGCUGUGGACAGUGCAGGAAAUGUAGCUUGUGCGACAUCAACAGGGGGACUCACUAACAAACGAGUUGGCCGCGUUGGUGAUACAGCGUGCAUAGGAAGUGGAGGAUAUGCAGAUAACAAUGUUGGUGCUACUUCUACCACAGGCCAUGGAGAGAGCAUUAUGAAAGUGGUUUUAGCAAGACUUAUCCUCUAUCACAUGGAACAAGGGAAAUCACCAGAAGAUGCUGCUGAUGCUGCCCUAAACUGCAUGAAAACCAGAGUUGGGGGAUUGGGUGGGGUCAUUGUGAUCAGCAGUUCAGGAGAUUGGGCUGCGAGAUUCUCUACCAAGCAGAUGUCCUGGGCUACAAUCAAGGAUGACCAGCUACAAUGUGGCAUUUAUGAUGGGGAGAGGCAUACACAGUCUGCUGAAGAAGCUCUUAGUUCCCUGGGAUCCUAAGCACAAGGGAAUGAAGUGGAGGUUAUGUAGCACAAUGCUGGAAACAAGAGUCUGUUGUCUCCUUUCUGAAAGGACAUCAUCACUGAAUUCCAGUUUAGAUGUUCAUACUACUGAUCAUUUUGCAGGCAAGCUAAAAUGUAGAAGGAAACUUAAAUCAACUUGAUGGGUUUUGUGAGCAUAAGUGCAGAAAAUGGCUGUGCACAGCUUCAGUGAGACAUACUUGAUGAGACAUGCACUUUUCUCUAAGGUCAAUAUCUUGACCUUGCUUCUCCUAUAAUGUGAUUAUGCUGAGAAACCAGCAUCCGUAGUAGACCAAACUUAGUAUGAUGUCCUAGAGAGAGUUGUAUCAUGCUCUUGUUUCUAGCUAUAUGUAUUCAGGUGCUUACCUAUAUUCCAACUGAAGAAAAUUUCCCAUGAUUGAUUACAUAUGUGUUGGCUUUCAGGCCACAGAACAAAAGGAAGCUAUCCCAGAAGCUUAGAUGUGAUCUCAUUUGCUUCUUUGGGUGUGAUACUUUUGUGAAAUAACAAGGGCUGAAGAGUCUCUGCUUGCUGUGCAGCUAUCUCCCAGAAGAUGAAAGCCGAAGUGAAUACAUAUAUAAUACAAAUAUGGAUAAUUAUUUUCACUUUGAUGUGAGUAUCAUUAGUUAGUAUUUUCAUGUAAUUUAAGAAGUGGUAUGUAGGGAUAUUAAGUAAAAUGACAGAAGCAGGCCUGGCUAUUUUGGUGAUGAUGGGAAAAUGAACUGACAGACUUCCGGGAAGGGUGACUUAGCCUGUGCCUGCUUUUGAGACGGGCUCCUGCCUCAAAAGAAGCUUAUUCAGAUAUAUCAGUCAGAUUUUUUUUUUUUUUGACUGAUUAAACUUCUCCCGGGUAGGGAGAAACGAAGAGAUUAACCUCAAAGCCUAUUUUUGUUGGGACGACCAGAUCUCAUUGAUUUAUGGGACGAGGUCCAGCCGACGAAGGUGGGACGGAUUUUCAACAACAAGCUCUAUCUGAUAAAGCGAACGUUCAUCUUGUCUUCUAAGAGAGAACGCACUAACAGGCAAGCACCCUUCUUUCUAUAUUUUUCUUUUACUUGACUUAAAUUGUUGCUGUUUAAAAGAGAUUUGCCAGAUUGAUCGGUUUUUGACAUCUCACUGGGGAGCCAUAACUUCUCUCU